AUGGUCGGUAUAGUCGUUUGCGAUCCCGUCCGACGAACGGUCUUGCACAGUGCUCCGAAGUGUUGUCUAUUCUCAACAUUAAUUGUCCAAAAAUUCUGAAACAAAACACACUGUUUUUUUUUACGUUUUCCAGGAAUAUUAAUAUAGUAUAGCGUCUGGUCUUAUAAUUUCUAUUUUCAUAAAUCAAUUACAAUAAUGAUCCGUUGUCAGAUGUACGCGAUGGUUGUCUUCGCAUUCGGGUGUCUCGUCUUGUUACCGGACCACAGCAAAGCGAUCAACUGUUGGGUGUGCUCAACGGACACGGACCAACGUUGCAACGACCCGAUGAACAUGACCAAAGGUGCAAUCGAAGACUGUAGCAGAGCACCUCAUUCGGCUUUCUUACAGCCCGUGUGCAAGAAACAAAAACAAAGAGUGAACGGCGAGUUGCUGAUAAUCCGGUCGUGCGCUUGGGCGUCGGACAGUCGGAGCGACGACGGCCCAUGCGCCAUAAACACUCCAGCCAACAUACGCAUCGAACACUGCAGCACUUGCGACCAGGACCUUUGCAACGGCGCAGUGGUCAUCGGAGGUUGCACCGUGUUCCUGACCAUGGUUUUGGCGGUUGCGGUCCAUCUCGCUACGUCCUAUUAACGCAGUAACACCCCUCCUCGUGAUUUUUUUUUCCUUCUCUGAAACACGCCCUUUUCCGCCCCCAACAAAACACGGUCAUGUCUACGACAAUCACGUAGGUAUAUGACACACAUUAUAUACCUAGGUAUAUAUUUUAUUAUAUACCGUUUGUUCAAAUAUAUAUAUUUUAUACAUUUUAUACCUAACAACAAUGUUGAUUUAUUCUAAGACAUAUUUUACACCCCAACACAAAGCUAUUAUAUGCCUAUACACCAAACGCGGCAAGUCAUAACACAUUUAUACAAUAUAUUUAAAUGUAUAUAAAAUAUAUUAGGUACAUUUUACGUGUGUAUGAUUUCUUCGAUAUUAGAUAUCUCUCUUUUUAUAAUGAUUAUUUGUACCUAUAUAAAGUUCCGCAAAGUAGGUAGGUAAUUAUAUUUGAUUUUAACAAUAUAAUUUUAAUUAUAAUAUUAAUAUUUUGAUUGAUAUACCUAAUAUAUCUCUACUACCAACCUCUAUCGAUAAGAAAUUGUAAAUGGUUAUUGAGAAUUACAUUUUUAUCAUUAUAAACUUAACUUCUUCUUCUUUUCCUAUUCACUCACUAACCUAUGGGGUCGGCCACCCUUGUCUUGCACAUUCACAGGGCUCUGUACCCCACAUUAUAAAUUUAUAACUACCUAUUAUUAAAAUGUUUGUUUUGUUAUUUAAUGUGAUUUAUUGAUACUAAUUAAAGAUCUAAGUACCAUCUACUUUUUUUAUGCAAUAUAGGAUUACUUAAGUAUUUUAUAUGAUCAUAUUUACAAUAAUAAUACCUAAUUAAUAGAUAGAACCUACCCAGUAAGUUAUUAGGAUAUUAGGAUAAGUGCGCUGUCUUCAUAUUUAAAAAACUUGGUACCUAUACCUAGAUUAAAAUUUUUUUGUUCUUGAAUAAAAUUAUCCAUACACAAUGUUAUAGGUACUUUUAAUUUACAAUAUAGAUUAAAUACAAUUUACUUCAAUAUUUGUACCUAUACCUAAUAACAAUGAUAAAUAAUAAAACCAUAUUCAGGUUAUAGGUACUUACCUAAACUCUAUUUUUAAUUUGAUUUAGUAUUUUAUAGGAAUGGACCAUUUCCUUCCAAACGGGUUUUGGUUAUUAUUUUAAAUUUUAUCAUUGUGUUAAACCGCGUGUUUUUUUUUAUAUUGUUACGUACGAUAGGGAAAGUGUAACCGACUUUAAACGUCUUGUUGUAAUAAUAAUAAGACAAUUAUGUUUUGGCUACGGUAAAAUUAUUGCUGUUCAAACUUGCUUUUCGUUGUUUUUUUUAUUUAAAUAUAAGUAUACAUACCUACUGGUAUUUUAUAUAUAUAAUAUAUAUUAUUUCGUUCACGUCUUCCCAGUUCGGGUAAAUUCGUUGUGCAAUUUUUUAUCAGUUAUCCGUCCAAAAAAUAAGCGCGUGGAUCUCUUGCUGUUUUGAGCAUUAGGUCAACGACAUUACAUUUUGUAUAAAAUAUAGUGUACAAAAUUGAAAUUUUUAUAUUUUCAAUAAAAUAUUAUUAUUAUCAUUAUUUGAGAUUAAAUAGAUGUUGCAUGAGAUUUACUUAUAUUUUAUCAGCGAUAGUAAUCGUUACCUAUAACCAUUAUUGUUUUAAAAUUAGUGACAUCAAUAUUAUAAUGUAGGUAUAUAAAACCUAUGUCCUGUACCUACAUGUAUUGUAUUUUUUUUUUAUUUAUUCAUAUAAUAUUUUAUGCGUGGUGUAUAAAUUAGUGUAUAAAUAAAAUACCUAUAUAUUUUAUGAA